AUGCGGAAGCAGAUUAGCAGGGACUUGCGCCACAUGGCCAUGCCGGGACGACCGGGUCUGCCUUGGCCGUCGAAAUUCGAAGUGCAGCACUUCGCUGGCUCCAUCCGGCAGGAGGACGGACAGCCGAACUACCAGGAGUUGAUCCGGUUCUGCGACUACCAUGUCUUGGGCUCUGGGCAGGUUCGACACUGCAACUUCACUCAGAAAGGAUACCGUUCCCGCCAGUAUGCUCGUGCGCACACCUUUGCCCGUGCCAUGACCGUCCUCGCCGCGCGGGGGGAGCUCCCCGAUGCGGAGGUCAGCUUCGUGCUGUCCCACUCGGAUGUGGAGUGGCACGACUUGGCUCUUCCUGUGUUGACUUUCCAGCGGGGUAAGGCGACCAGGCGCGUGAUUCGAACGCCCAUGUGGGAGCAGCUGGAUGGCUCUUGGAGUCGCAAGGUGGAGAACAUGGUGCGCUUCGCAGACGGCCACCGGCCCUGGGGUGCGAAAGUCGGCAAGCAGGCCUUUUGGCGAGGCACCGAUAGCGGCAUUCCAGCGCAGGACUGCGACCCCCAGCGGUUUCGAUCGUGCUAUGUGGACAACCACACCGCGCACCGUUUUACUCGCCUGAAGGUUGCGGGGAUGGCUUCGACCAUGCCUCACCGUGUGGACGCCGCUUUGUCAGGUGUGAAGCUGCGGGCCCUGGCGAUAGGCUUGGACAAAGUAUACCAAGAGCUGGGCCUGAUCCAUCCGCCCCUCCGGGAGCUCUCCAUCGAGGAGCAGCUCCGGCGCCGUUUGCUGCUGGAUUUGGAUGGAAGCAGCCAGUCCACACGCUUAUACUGGGGGCUGCUCUCGAAUUCGGUGGUGUUGAAGCAGGACACGAAAAAUUGCAAUUGGUAUUCCGAUCGGCUCCGGGAUCACAUCCACAUCUUCCGCGUGCGUCGAGACCUGGCGGAUUUGCCUCGUCAGGUGCUGCGGGCCAACCUGCGCCCGAGCCUCGCACGAUCCGUCGCACGGCGCUCGGCGCGCCUUGCGCGGCGCUGGCUCAGCCACGAGGAUACCAUGCACUACCUUGCGCGGGUGAUGUUCGCAUUGGCG